AUGUUGCCCCGCUUCAAACCUGCCUCUUCUACUACUUCUUCUCUUCUCUCCUCUACCUUCCGCUCUUCCUCCUACAACUCAACUCAAUUCCAUCUCAACAAACGCUUCUUCUCUCCAUCAGCCUCCAACAUGGUCAUCAAGACUUACUUCGACGUCUCCUGGGAGGGCCCCGAGAUCCAGGUCGAUCAGAAGGGUACCGUCACCAGCACCGGCUCCGUCAAGCAGCAGAAGGGCAGGAUCAACUUCGAGCUCUUCGACGAUGUCGUCCCCAAGACCGCCGAGAACUUCCGCGCUCUCUCCACUGGCGAGAAGGGCUUCGGUUAUGCCGGCUCCAGGUUCCACCGUGUCAUCCCCCAGUUCAUGCUCCAGGGUGGUGACUUCACCCGUGGCAACGGCACUGGUGGCAAGUCCAUCUACGGCGAGAAGUUCUCCGACGAGAACUUCAAGCUCAAGCACAACAAGCCUUUCCUCCUCUCCAUGGCUAACGCCGGCCCCAACACCAACGGCUCUCAGUUCUUCGUCACCACCGUUGUGACCUCGUGGCUCGACGGCAAGCACGUCGUCUUCGGCCAGGUCCCCGACGGCGAUGUCGAGUCUUACAGGGUUGUCCGCGCCAUUGAGGCUGCCGGCAGCGGCAGCGGUGCCAUCAAGUACAGCACCCCACCUACCAUUGAGGCCUCUGGCCAGCUAUAA